CGAGCAAGUAUUGCUGUCUAGAACAAAAAUACAGAAAAGGGGAAGUUUCGUUAGCGUAUACUUGUAUUGCUCGUUGUUUCGAAAAUAAGUGGCGCGCUUGUUAUUGUCAAAAGUCAAAAGCAUUCGCCGGAUCCAAUUGCAAAAUGGGUUGUGCUACGACUAGUGUUAAAAUCGCCUCCAUCACACUGAAUGUUAUUUUGGCGAUACUCGCGUUCGGCGCGAUCGGAUGGAUCGCUUUCAAUGCGGACUCGGAGAGCGAGGAAUUCGUCAUAGCCGCCUACAUCACAUGCUCGAUUAUUGUUGUAUUUGCAUUUCUGGGCAUAUUCGCAGCUAUACGCGAAUCGGUGUGCCUCGCUGUUACGAGCGCGGUGUUUUUGAUUGUCUUGGCCAUUCUGCAAAUUAUAAGCACCUGCAUCUUUCUGCAUAAUCUCGACGUGAAGAGUGGCCAGACGGUGGUGGAGCAGGCCUGGCAGCACAACAAUCUGGAUGGCCUGCAGCAGAAAUAUGAGUGCUGUGGCAAGAGCAGUGCACAGGACUACAUUUUGCUCAGCCAGCCAAUUCCGCCGAGCUGCUAUGUUGAUCUGAAGCCUCUGACCGCCAAUCUGUAUCUGAGCGGCUGCAUUGAGAAGGUACAGAGCUACUACGAAGCCGACAAACAGCGUUUCAUAAUCGUCUCCUGGGUGCUGGUAGCAUUUGAGUUGCUCUGCAGUCUGCUCGCCGUUCUUCUUGCCGUCAAUUUCCGGAAUAAGCAAAGGCGUAUGCAAUUUUAAGGGGCGUGGCUGCGUAUAAAGGCCGCGAUGAGAGUACAAAAGUGGAAGACGCACUAGACAGAUCCAUUUGAGAUUAAUGAUGAGAAAACAAUCAGAUAUGUGGCUUUUUCCAGAUUCAUUUUUGAUGUCCAUACCCUAUUUUAGUCUCCUUAAACAUAUGAGAUUCACUGGGCGAUAGCGAAUCGGAGUUUAAGUAACAUGUUCUUACAAGUAUUUUAUUUGUGCUUUGCCUAUUCGAGCACAAAUGACAUUAUUAACCAAAACUACAAUAUAAAAUAAACCUUAGAACGCAGUCAUGUUAUU